AUGAAUGUCACUGCCUCAGCCUUGGAGGCCAGCUGGCACCGCGUGCAACUGCAUCUUAUACCUAAAGUUCAGCUAGUCAAAGAGCCCAAAAACUUGAGACCCAUAGCACUGUUGCAUCCCGCCAACAAGUUGCUUGCUACUAUGAUAGCUGACAAAGUGCAGGAUAAGGUGCUAGCAUACCUCACACAUGUACCUCAAUGGGCGUACCUUCAGGGGCGAUCGACUUCGGACGCUCUCACUGCUGUGUGCGCGCACAUGCAUCAAGUUAGAGAGCUGCUUGCCAGUCAAACUCGAUCGUUGCCACAGCGUUUCCAGGGAUGCGAGAGGCACCAGGUAAUAGGCGGCGUUUCCAUCAGUCUGGAUGUCAAAAAGGCCUUUGACAGCCUGAGCCAUGCAUUUCUAGCUGAGGCGAUGAGAGACGCAGAAUUUGAGCACACUGAAAUCGACCUAAUUUUGCAUUUGCACAGUCAGGCCUGCCUCUGUGUUGGCUCCCACCGCGAUUCUGCGCAAAUAUUCCUCGGCACUGGCGUGCGCCAGGGGUGCUCCUUGUCGCCAUUGCUCUGGUCUUUAGCUACAGGUAGAUUUUACCGACUCUACCUCACAGCUCUCAAAAACCAGGGUUUAUCUGAGGGCCUCACCAACAUGUUUGCAGAUGAUGUGUUUGGGAGUUGGGUCUUCAAGAGUCCUGAGGCCUUCAAGAAAGCCAUUCGGGCCAUUGGAGUCCUAGUGCACACCCUCCAACAGGUCGGGCUUCAGCUUAGUAUGGAAAAGACAGUCGUUCUGUUGGCUAUCGCAGGCACGAGCUCCCCUUCCUUGCUGAGCAAAUAUAAGGCCCAAAUCGACAACGUCCCACAUCUGCAAAUCCCUGUGGGUAGGGACAAACUGGCCUUUAAAAUCGUCUCUUCGCACAAGUACCUAGGAGCCAAGGUGUCGUACUCUCUGCACAGCGUGGGCUUGCCAGCCCAGGGCCCCAGCAUGAUUCGACAUGCUGUGCAUCGUCAAUUGUAUGCAGUAGACACUUUGACUCCCUCGGAGCUCUCAGACUUCAUGCUGCUCAUGCGCACAAACGGGAGGCUCUGCCAGAUGGACCUCGAAGGAGUUUCACGAGACGACCUCUUGGAGGCUGCAGCAGAGCUCCAACACCUCCAGACAAUGGCGCUUCAGGGGGCCAACUUCGGGGCGUUUCAGCCCACGAGAUCUACCAGCUCAGGACUCCCAGCAGCUCCUCCGACCCCGGAGGUUUCACUGACGGCCCUCCCGUCGACCGCCCCCACGACUGCGCGCGAGCACGGCCAGCCCUCGAAGUACACCCGCCCCAACGGGAAGGGGCCAGACCGUGGGAAAGGGCCCAGCGCACGUCCGGCCAAGCUGCAACCCUUUCCUGCAGGAACCUCAGGCAGUCAACCCUCUUCCAAACCGGCCUCAGCGGCGCUUGUCGGCAAAGUAGUACAGCUGGUCCUCCGGCACGAGGACUUCUUGACGGGUCUGGCGCAGAGCACGUCGUGGGUGAUGUUCGAAGGCACGGCCCCGCCUCUCAGCACAAUUGCAGCGCAGGCCAAAGUGGCCGAGCAAUGGCACAAUAUGAAGGAGGAGUCCCCGGAGUCCAUCAAGCUUCCUCUGCGAACAAUCCUCUUUCAGACGUGGGCGUCCGAGCUCAAGACCAGGCUAGAGGCUCUCAUCACAGACCCAGCCAGCCGUCAGGAGGCGGUUCGUCUCCAGGCCCUGACCGAGCCAGACAUCCUCAAGUACAAGCGCCUUCGCGCCUUGGAAGAUGUGGACACGAAGGCCCCGCUCUCCCUGCGAGAGGUGAUUGGACUUCUGGAGGAGGCCAUAGUUCUCAGCACAGUGGACGGUGUGCUGGUGAACUACCACUCCACACGGAAGCUACUGCCGGAGAUGUCAGGGCCCACAGUGACCUUUGCGCUGGUGCUGGGGCUCAGAGAGCCAAAGUCGUUCAGGAUGUGGAGCAUCAUAGACACACUGUCGGGCAAUGCAGCACUGAUGUUAGUCGCCACAACUCUCCGCAAAGAGCGCCGCUCUCGGUCCCAGCUGGCCCAGUCAGUCACGCAGGAUCUGCGACAGCUGUCACUUGUCUCCAGUUCAGACGUAUAG